AUGAGUCGGACCGAGGCCGAUUUGGCCAUCAAUAUCCGCAAGGCCACCAGUAUCGAGGAAACCGCCCCUAAACGGAAACAUGUGAGGAGUUGCAUCGUCUACACGUGGGACCACAAGUCAUCGGCAGCUUUCUGGGCUGGCAUGAAAGUGCAGCCUGUCCUCGCCGACGAGGUCCAGACGUUUAAGGCCCUGAUCACGAUACACAAAGUUCUCCAGGAAGGUCACCCCAUGGUUGUGCGCGAGGCGCAACAGCACUCCAAUUGGAUUGAUAGCUUGAUGCGAGGCGUUGGUGGCGAUGGUGUUCGAGGAUAUGCGCCGCUCAUUCGGGAGUACGUCUUCUUCCUUGAGUCGAAGCUGGGCUUCCACCGCAACCACCCUGAGUUCAACGGUCUGUUUGAGUACGAGGAGUACAUUAGUUUGAAGUCGAUCAAUGAUCCGAACGAAGGUUACGAGACUAUCACCGACUUGAUGGCCUUGCAAGAUCAGAUUGAUUCAUUCCAGAAGCUUAUCUUCUCGAACUUCCAGUCAGGCACGAACAAUGAGUGCAGAAUCUCAGCGUUGGUGCCCCUUGUGCAAGAGAGCUAUGGUAUCUAUAAGUUCAUCACCAGCAUGCUGAGAGCCAUGCACACAACCACUGGCGACGAUGAAGCUCUCGAGCCUCUCCGAGGUCGGUAUGAUGCCCAGCAUCACCGUCUCGUUCGCUUUUACUAUGAGUGCUCUAACCUGCGCUACCUGACUGGUCUUAUCACCAUUCCGAAGUUGCCGCAAGACCCUCCCAACCUGCUCGCUGAAGAUGAUGAUCGCCCAGCUCUUCCCAGGCGACCCGCGAAGGAAGUGGAAGCACAGCCCUCACCACCACCUAAGGUGGCUGCAGAACCAGAGCCUAUCAAUGACUUCUGGACCAACGAGGCCAGACGCCAGCAAGAAGAGUACGAGGCAGAGCAGGCACGCUUGCAACAGCAGUGGGAGGAGCAGCAGCGCCAGCAGGUUCUUGCUCAACAGCAGGCCCAGAAUGAUUUCGAGGAGCAGCAGCGUCUCCAAGCAGAGCAGCAACGAUUGGCACAAGAGCAGCUUCUCCGUGACCAGUAUCAGACACACACACAAGGCCGACUGGCAGAGCUGGAGCAAGAGAACCUCAACGCUCGUGCUCAGUAUGAGCGUGACCAGCUGAUGCUGCAGCAAUAUGACCGCCGUGUCAAGGACCUUGAGGAGCAGAUGAACCACCUGAACUCCAACCUCAACUUGCAGAAUGCCUCCAAGGAUGAGCAGAUUCGAUCCCUGCAGGAGCAGGUCAACACAUGGCGAUCCAAGUAUGAGGCUCUGGCCAAGCUGUACUCCCAGCUUCGACAGGAGCACCUUGAUCUUCUGCAGACCACAAAGAGCCUCAAGCUCAAGGCUGCCUCCGCACAAGAAGCAAUUGAGCGACGCGAGAAGCUGGAGCGUGAGAUUAAGACUAAGAACCUGGAGUUGGCUGACAUGAUUCGAGAACGUGACCGUGCUCUGCAUGAUCGAGAUCGCCUGACUGGUACCAAUAAGGACGAGCUGGAGAAGGUCAAGCGUGAGCUUCGCAUGGCUCUCGAGCGUGCUGAGAAUGCCGAGCGCUCAAAGGGAACCGAGAUCUCAUCCAUGCUGUCCAAGUACAACCGUGAGAUGGCUGAUCUGGAGGAAUCCCUCCGAAACAAAACACGAGCACUGGAGGACAUUGGCAGCCGUAACACAGACCGCGAUGGCGACCACGACCUGGAGCUUCGCGAGAAAGACGAGGAAAUCGAGGUGUACAAGUCCGGCAUGGAACAGGCCCUUAUGGAAUUGGAGGAGCUGAAAAUGAACCAAGGCGAUGCCGACCAUGCACUUGAUAGCCAGAUUGAUACUGUGCUCCACGGCACAGUGGCAAAAAUCAACGAUAUCAUUGACUCCGUGCUUCAGACUGGUGUGCAGCGUGUCGAUGAUGCCCUGUAUGAACUUGAUUCAUCCAUGCAGGCUGGUAACCAGAAUGCCUCCCCUCCAUAUGUGCUCUCGCAGAUUGAGAAGGCCUCAGCUUCUGCGACUGAGUUCUCUACUGCGUUCAACAACUUUAUUGCCGAUGGCCCCAACAGUCCCCACGCUGAAAUUAUCCGCACAGUCUCCAUCUUCUCUGGGUCUGUUUCUGAUGUGUUGAGCAACACCAAGGGUCUGAUGCGCUUCGCCAACGACGACAAGAGCUCCGACCACCUGAUGAACGCUGCCCGCAAGUCCGCCCAGGCGACUGUCCGCUUCUUCCGUGGUUUGCAGUCAUUCCGCCUUGAGGGUCUUGAGCCGUUGCAGAAGACUGAUGUCGUUAUCAACAACAACCUGGAGGUCCAGCGUGAUCUGCAGUCGCUGUCGAAGCUCGUCGACUCGUUCGCUCCUAAGAACAGCAAGAUUAGCACCAACGGCGAUCUUGGCGACCUGGUCGACCAGGAACUGCUCAAGGCAGCUGAUGCCAUUGACGCUGCUGCCCAGCGUCUGGCCAAGCUCAAGAACAAGCCCCGCGAUGGUUAUUCGACUUACGAGCUGCGCAUCAACGAUGUGAUCCUUGCCGCCGCCAUUGCCGUCACCAACGCCAUUUCCGAGUUAAUCAAGGCCGCCACAGAGACCCAGCAGGAGAUUGUCCGUGAAGGUCGCGGAAGCUCUUCUCGUACUGCCUUCUACAAGAAGAACAACCGCUGGACAGAAGGUUUGAUCUCCGCCGCCAAGGCUGUGGCCGCCUCUACCAACACCCUGAUCGAGACUGCCGAUGGUGUGAUCUCUGGUCGCAACUCGCCCGAGCAGCUCAUCGUCGCUUCCAACGAUGUCGCCGCCAGCACUGCCCAGCUUGUCGCUGCCAGCCGUGUCAAGGCCACCUUUAUGAGCAAGAACCAGGAUCGCCUGGAGACUGCCAGCAAGGCCGUCGGCGCCGCUUGUCGCGCGCUCGUCCGCCAAGUGCAGGAUAUCAUCAAGGAGAAGAACCGCGACGACAACGAAGCGGAGGAUUAUGGAAAGCUUAGCUCGCACGAGUUCAAGGUCCGCGAGAUGGAGCAGCAGGUCGAAAUCCUCCAGCUGGAGAACGGUCUGGCUCGUGCUCGCCAGCGUCUGGGCGAGAUGCGCAAGAUCUCCUACCAGGAGGACUAA